AUGUUGUUCAAAUUCCUCUUCUCACUUCUCUUGAUUUUCGUCGCCGCCAUCAAUGCCGAUCACGACAGCGGUGAGCAACACGGACAUCCAACUGGCUCGCCACCAACCGGAUCGCCGCCAACCGGUGGACCACACGGAGGGCCAGGGGGACCAGGAGGACCAGGAGGACCACCAACCGGAAGCCCACCAACCGGAAGCCCACCAACCGGAUCACCACCAACUGGUAGGUAAAUCGUGGCGAGUAUUUAAAUAAAUAAUUUUGCACUUGUAAUGAUGAUGAUGAUAAUGAUUUUGAAUAAAUAUUCAUUCUGAAUUUUCGAAAGGUGGUGGCCUAGAAAAACUUCUCUUCCGCGCCUCUAAUUUUCUUCAAAAAAACGGCCAAACAUUUUUGCAGACGGUGUUGUUGGAUGGAUCAAAUCGAAAAUUGGAAAAUAA